CCUGCUUGCAUGCUGUUCAAGCUCUGAUUUUGCGCCAAUUCGCAAUGGGGACGUGUUUACUGUGUAGGAUCAGCAGGCAGGGCAGAGGAUGGACUGUAACUAGGAGUCCUGCUGGGAGCUGGGGUGGUGGUAGUCACGGAAAUGCAACCCCCAGUAGAGCCCUCGCUGGCGCUUUUGCCAGCUUUGAGGGAAGCGAGCCAACUAAUGGAUUUCUGUCCUCUCCUAGGAGCAUUGCACCUGGACUGUACAGGAGUAGCAGUAACUUUAAACAGGUUGAGCCUUCUGAUUGGCUAGAUAGGACACAUUUAUUAAGAGAGAUAUCAGGCUUGUCUGUUUCGCACUUCAAGGGUCACAAAGAAAGUUCAUCUGUCAUGGUGCGUGCUUUUGCGAAGGAAGCUGCACGACCUUCUCUGGAUGAUGUGGAGCGCCUGUCAAAGGGGAAACCCAGCAAGUCGAAGAUGGGCUCCAGAGCGGUGCCGCACAGGCUGACUCUGGCGGAGCGGAAAGCUUACGAGAUUUCGAAAAAGAAGGGAUUCCUUGUCAUGCGCACAAACUCUCGAAGCUACCCUCUUGCAAACACCUGGCGAAAUUACUGCGAGGCGUCAGGCACUCCAUACAUCAAGAUUGAGCAGGGAUCAGUGGCGCAGAGUGAUACGUUCUACGUCGACUUCUCCCCCAUGCAAGAAGACCCCAGCAGGCUUGAAGCACUCCGCGAGGCAUGUUUGACAGAGGCUGCAAGAAUCAUAAAAACCUCAGAAGGAGGAGUUGCUUCGGACAGUGAGAGUGACGCCUCAGCUUCAGAUUCCGAACAAGAGUCCGAGGGGCUAAAAGCGUUAAGCGAUGCCAAUCUUGAGACUCUAGAAGCGAACGAGUAUGACCAAGUGUCAGAAGGGGGUUAUGCUUUUCGGUUGGUCUGUGGUAGACAAGAAACGAAAGCGAUUGCCAAGGCCGUACUUGAACUUGCGGCGAAGAAGAGUUGAAGUCGCAAGUGUCGGGAACCUCUGUAUGAUUGGUGGAGAGCGAUGUUGAACACUUCUCUGUAAGUUCGUCGUAUCCCUUGUGUUUUCGUUGUGAAUGAAUGUGGUAAGACGUGCAAGUUCUUGGCGUUGUCUUCAC